AAGCUUCCGGAGCCGUCUCCGGCGGGGGCGGCCUAUGGCUUGGCGGGGCUUGCAGGGCUCGAACCCGGGCUCGGGCUCCGGGCGGCCCCUGGAGGAGGAGGUGGCGGCGGCCGAGGAGGAAGAGGAGGCAGCGGCAGGCGCGACGGAGGAGGAGGAGGAAGAGGAGGAGGAGGAGGAAGAGGAGGAGGAGGAGGAGGAGGAAGGUGGGGGCCGCGGCCGGGGCCGGCUGCGCUGGGACGGCUUCUCGGCCUGGCUGCACUGCGUGUGUGUGGUGGGCUUCGACCUGGAGCUGGGCCAGGCUGUGGAGGUAAUUUAUCCAGAGCAUUCCAGACUUAGUGAUAAAGAAAAAACGAAUAUUUGCUAUCUGUCUUUUCCAGAUUCGAACUCAGGCUGUCUUGGAGAUACGCAGUUUUGUUUCAGGUUCCGACAGUCUUCUGGCCGGAGGAUAUCAGCUCGAUGUAUCCAGGAUCAGUUGGACCGAGACUCACCUGUGUAUUUAAAGAAAGAUCCUGCAUAUUUUUAUGGUUAUGUGUAUUUCCGACAAGUUCGAGAUAAAACACUAAAAAGAGGCUACUUUCAGAAGUCCUUGGUUUUGAUCAGCAAGCUGCCAUAUACACAUUUUUUUCACACGGUGCUUAAGCAAAUAGCACCUGAAUAUUUUGAAAAGAGUGAACCUUAUUUGGAAGCAGCUUGUAAUGAUGUUGAUCGUUGGCCUGCUCCAGUACCAGGGAAGAUGUUACACUUGCCCAUUAUGGGGGUGGUUUUAAAGGUGCGCAUUCCGACGUGCCAUGACAAGCCUGGAACAACCCAGAUAGCCCAGUUAACCCAGCAGACAGACUCACAGAUCUCUAUGGUUUUACCUACUAUUCAUGAAGUGGAUCUUUUCAGGUGUUUCUGUCCUGUGUUCCUGCACAGCCAGAUGCUUUGGGAGCUGGUAUUAUUAGGAGAACCCCUUGUUGUCAUGGCUCCGUCCCCAUCUGAAUCUUCAGAAACUGUGUUGGCCCUUGUUAGCUGUAUUUCACCACUCAAGUACUACAGUGAUUUCAGACCCUACUUUACCAUACACGACAGUGAAUUCAAGGAGUACACUACGCGGACACAAGCACCGCCCUCAGUUAUUUUAGGAGUGACCAACCCUUUUUUUGCUAAAACACUCCAGCACUGGCCGCACAUCAUUCGAAUAGGAGAUAUUAAACUGGCAGGUGAAAUUCCCAAACAGGUUAAGGUAAAAAAGCUGAAGAACCUAAAGACUUUGGAUUCCAAGCCUGGAGUUUAUACUUCUUAUAAGCCAUUUUUAAAUAGGGAUGAAGAUAUCAUAAAACAAUUACAGAAGGGGGUACAGCAGAAGCGUCCUUCUGAGGCCCAGAGUGUAAUUCUUCGACGUUAUUUCUUGGAAUUGACGCAGAGCUUCAUCAUUCCAUUGGAAAGAUACGUCGCAAGCUUAAUGCCUUUGCAAAAGAGCAUUUCCCCAUGGAAGAGUCCACCACAAUUGAGACAGUUUCUUCCAGAAGAAUUUAUGAAAACACUUGAGAAAGCAGGACCUCAGCUGACCUCCAGAUUGAAGGGUGAUUGGAGAGGACUUUACAGACAUUUUUUAAAAUCUCCAAACUUUGAUGGCUGGUUCAGGACCCGAAGGAAGGAGAUGACCCAGAAACUGGAAGCACUACAUUUAGAAGCUCUUUGUGAAGAGGAUUUGCUUCUCUGGAUCCAGAAACACACUGAAGUAGAAACAGUUGACCUUGUAUUGAAGCUGAAGAGUAAAUUGUUACAGGCUCAUCAAGAACGCCUGCCUGUGAAACCUGGCACUAUGGAAAAGUUACGGACUCACAUAGAUGCAAUUAUUUUAGCACUGCCAGAAGACCUGCAGGGCAUACUGCUCACAACUGGCACAGAGUGAGGGCUGCCUCCUGCGAUUCCCAGAUGAGAAGAAUGGUGCGACAGGGCAGCCCCCAGACACAACAAAAAGAUGCCCCAAGGAAACCCAGCAACAUGGCGGAGGAGCGAGAGGACAGCAAGUGGGCUGUUCUCUAAUGACUCUGAUGUUUGAAGUGUGGAAGUCUGCUCGUGCAGAGGCCUUUCUGGACUGUUAGUUGUGCUUAAGACAAAUGCUCUUGAGCCGGCCCAGUGAGAGCCCAGACUGCAGUGCUGGCACUGCGGCUUUUGAACACUGGUGCUGCUGGGCCCAAUCAUGUCAAAACAUGGGACAACUCAGGGAGAAACAAUGUUUUGGUCACACUGGCUAUAUGUUUUUUUAAAGGAAGGAAAAAGUCUCAAGCUGUCCUAGUAUAGUUAUAACUAAUUAAUGUAAUUAGUGCCUUCCUUUUUCCUACAUUUUCACAAAACUGAGCUGCUGGUCUUGACUCGCCCCUGCUGCAAUACUUAGCAAGUAUUUUACUGAGUGAUCAUUGCCUACAAAUCACGGACGCCUCCUUCCCAAAACAUUUAUUGAUAGCGAUGUUUUUAUUGCCCUGUACUUUUUCAUUCCAUUAUUUUCUUUGCUAUUUUUAAAAUUUACCAAUUCUCCAAAGAGGGAAAGGUGUCUCAAACUAAUCAUGGAUUUGGAAGGAGAAGCUGUUACCUUUUACCCUUUAAAUGAACUAGCUUGGGUGCUUGUCCUCAAAGCCAUCUCUCCUAACUUACAAACCUCACAGCAAAAGUAUUUUAACUAAAAUAUUCUUAGGAAAAGAGCAUUUAAGGCCUUUUGUGUUGUCGUCUUCGUAUGGAUUUAAACCUCAGCGUCAUUGUUUUGUCUUUUAAAAUAACCUACAUCCUAAUUUAGUGUUUCUUCUUCUGUUGACUGACGUCAGAUCCUUUGUUUUCUGUCAUAACUGCCUUUUGGACCACGUAUCCACCAUGCCAAGAAACUGUAGAAGAUGGGCUGAUAAAAUACCACUUGUUGGGUUUGCAUUUGAAAAUGAGUCCCCUUCGAAAGCCACUCAAAAUAGGCCCAGCAGUAUGUUUGUACCUAGCUCUGUAUCCCGUCACUCUAGAAAACCAAAUUUGUUUGCAGUCAUUAGCAGAAGAAAAGCGAGGAAAAGGCAAGAGUUGGUCUCCGUUGGUUCUGACUCUUAGGCUGCUUUCUCACCAGGAGAAUCUGAUUACAUAAACCUUUUCUUCAUGGAUACGGUCUCUUAGAUCAUACCUCAGAGUUACAAAAAUAUGCUCUUAUUAUCCUAUUUUAAAUAAAGAGUUUGCCUUGGAUCAGGUGAGGUAUUUUGUUAGCCUACAGUUCUCCUUGGGGGAAAGGGGCAAUUACUUUUGUAUUAUAAAGGAUUUCGUAUAUUUCUGAGAAGCAUUAUUUAGGUAAAAAUGGUCACCAUUGUAUAUUUUUUAAAAAGAUGUAUUUUAAUAUUCAUACAGUUUGUAUGCAAUUUGUGACCAGAAGUUGAAAUCUUAGUGUUGUAUCAUGAAUGUCUUUAAAAUUAUGCCACUAUAUGAUACAUUGUUUUGCACAGUUAAAGAGUAGCCAAGUUAAAGAUUGCCUAUUAGUAUGGCAGUAGUUUCUUUACAUUUAAAUACUGUAUUUACCUGCACCCUAAUACAUAUUGACAACCAUAUCAUGUUUGCCAUUGCUUACUGCUUGUCUAAAAAUUAUGAAUUUGUAAAGGACCAUAAAAUUACUAGGAAGUUGA